CCCUUGUCCACACGCUCAAACAAUCCGUGACAUUGGCAGUCCGAGCCCAUCGUCUCUGACCUUUCCUGUCCCUGUCCUCUCUUCUCUCUGUUUUGAUCUCGUAGGUCUCUUGCGGCCAUCAUGGAACCUAAUGCAUGACAGCGCGGCAGUGUAAGCAGACCUUGACCAAAUCCGGACAUUGUUCUACAACCAAGCCAUGCAUCAUGUAUGCUGCCCCUGGCCAUUUCCAUGCCAUGUCAGUACCAGGCCACACAGUGCAGGGCAGCGCAGGCAGCACUAGUCACCUCGACGGGUUUAUGGUCCCAGUGAACCGAAUUAGCACACGAAAACAUCUCCGGUUAACCCAGUUCAGUCCACCACUACAUGGUACGGCCGGUACAUCGCCCACUGCACGCUAACACUAUUGCAAUGCAACGUUGAAUGUGUCUCAAGGCCAUGGCUCUGCGGAAAUAGUAUUGUGCUCUCUGGCACAAUGCCGUUACAGCUCAAGUAGGGAAAGCCUUGAACAGGGAUUCGAACACCUUUCCGGCGGCUCCCAAGGGCUGAGGCCUUGGCUAAGUUCAGGUUCACUACUGCACAAGCACAACCCUCAAAUUGUACCGCGCAUGUUUGGAAGCUUCACAUGCCUUGUAUGCAUUUUGGUUAGUCUCGUAUCCCUCCCGUUCCGGCCCUGGCCGUUGCAAAAGUCCCAUCUCACCUGCCCUCCCACUAUUUGACGCAUGUGGAUCCAUCCUGUCAGCCCUACAAGGCGGCCAUCGUGUAGUGCCAGGUAGCCCGUUACUACCACCGUCAUCAGGUACUUACCUAGGUACGCAACUACGGAGGUUUACCCACAGCUCAACUACACCAAACGCCAUGUACCAAGAGCGGAUCAGGGCAGACGACAGUGCGACGUCGAUGCUUGGCUCUGUCCAGCUCUCCGCCCUGGAGAUUCCUCCUGGCAUAGGUCUAAACUCGUCUCCCUACAAAGAACCCUCUGAAUCAAGGAGAGCAAUGGCGAUGCCUGUUCAAUGCGCUUCUCGUCAGCCCCCACGGCUUGCCGGAUCUUUUCAUUUCUCAGCACACAUACCCGAAGUCACCUCAUCGCCCAUCGAUCGCCAGGCACCCGUGGACGCCCUACGAACCUGACUGACCCAUAUCCGACUAAGGUUUCCAUAUCUGGCCUAACAGCCGCAGCAGCUGCAAUGAUUACACAUGGCCCAUCACCACCAUCUCACAUUACACCAGCACCCGAGCACGGGGGUCCAUCGUGCCUUGCAGAGCCCUAGCUGUGGAUCUCACGGGUCCGCAAGUGGACCCGAGCGAGCGGACUCCCAUCGAUCCGACCAUGAUCUGGCCCUCACAUGCUCGCUCGACCGUCCAUCCAUGUUCAUAUCCGUACCUUUGGGCCUUCUGGAAGGGAAGCUAUAUAUCAAGGUCUGUUUCCAUUGCCAAAUCAAAGAAUUGUUUCUUCAUUCCAUUCAUACGCAACCAACAACACCAAUACAUUCCCUUCUUACCAUUUCCUUUGUAUCGUUUGAUCUUGUUCCAGUUUUCCUGUUCAGCAUUUUCGAUACAUUACUCGCAUCAAACAACAGCAACAGCACCCUGAACAGCUCAACCGCGCUUGGAGGUAUACGCAAGACAGUAUUUCUUUGAGUUCUUCUCUCCACUUUAUUUCUCUGGCUAUAUUUCUUUUCGCGAUCAUCCAUACGGCACUUCCUUGGAGCAAGAGACGCGACCGACCCAACAAGUCAAGAGCCCAAGUCAGGCACUCGCAUCAACAUAUUUCCUUUUUCUUCUCUCCUCUGGUUGAUCUCUCUAUCGCUUCAAUUCCACUUUCUGCUGCAACGACUCCUUGCAUCCUUGAAAAUCCAAACAACCAGCCCACAAUUUCUUUCCUUCAGCUUUUCAUAUCCUUCUUUUCUCUUCCGAUGGCCAUCGGACGAGGCGGAUACAAUACGCCCGCAGGCGGUGCGCCCCAGAAAGGCCGAGGUGGCUACAACAGACAACAGCAACAACAACAAGGCCGCGGCGGAUACAAUCGCGCAGCCGCCACAGCCAUGCAGGGCCGCGGCGGGUAUAAUUAAUGCCGGAAAUUAAUUUGACCAGGAAACCACCUGGCGCAGGGGAACUGGAGGAAGGGCGGCAAUUCUCGAUUCUGAACGAGCGGAGGUUUUAUGAUGGCCUUUCGGCAGACACCAUCACCACCAUCGCUAUCUUCUGUUUCGAUUUUCGGGCUUUCAUUUUCCAACACAGAACCUGGACAGACCAAAAUCACAUAAUCAGCAAACACAUUCGUUGUUUCUUCGGCAUUGCCAGCAUUCGGAGCGAUUCAGCGGCAUUACCCGGCGUUGGGGGUUUUUUUUCAGGGGCGCUGUCCUAAGUCGUUGCUCCAGGAGCAAGACACCAGAUUAAGGCGCAGGUCGCCGGACAGGAUAUUUGGCGGUUUGGGGCGUUUUUUGGGAAUAGACACUUUGAUGUUCAAGACCGACACUCGCAAGAGGGUAAAAUAUGCUUUGAGAAUCACCCCACUGGGACUGUGCGGAAAUAAGACGUGGAGGCAGGACCUUUCACGCGGCGUGGGAUCGACAGGAGAGAUCACCGCGAGUCAAAAAAUAGACAAUCGAAUCCCAGACGUUGAUACACCUGGACA